AACGGGAUCAGAUGUGCCAAGAGAAAUUGAUACAAUAGACUUGUGUUUUGGGUUCCAACUUUUUUUUCUCUCUACCAUUCUGCUAUGCCAUCUUAAUAAAUUAUCGUUGGUCUGCGCUUUAGUGCCACGGAUACCUUUGAAUCACUCACGAUUCAGUUUUUUUUUCUUUUUUUUUUCUUUCAAAUAACGGUUCUAUCAAAUGUUGAGAAUGCUAGGAGAUUUGCUAUAAAUUGGGCUGGAAGCAGACUAAAGAUAUCAGUCGUCUCUAGUCUUCCUACAGAGUGCACAAGGAUAGUUUAACCACGGCACGAUGAGACGUUUCGUUUUAGGUCUAACGUUAUCUCUGGUGUUAACAACGGCUCACUUUGCCACGAUCGACGAGGAUAAAGUACCACAGGAGGUUGUCGAAGAAAUCAAGGCCAGCGACGAUAAGCCUGCCGAUGAUGAUGAUCUGCGCCGGUACAAUUACUACAAUGUGGUUCAUGGUGGACAGCACAGUUCAGAAUCGGACGAGCAUAACUACCGGCCCGCAAACUUCGCCCCUCAAAAUAUAGGGUACGGCGGUGGAGGCUAUGGAGGUUACGAUGGUGGGUAUGGUGGUAGUUAUGGAGGAUAUCAAACUCGCCCACCCCCAUCCAACCACGAUUCAGACUAUGACUUCCCAAAGCCGAAGCCUCCGCCGAAGUGCAAUUGUCAGGAUAUUAUCACGCAGAUCGACGAUCUUGACGAAAAGAUUAUUAAAUCUCUACUUGACCUCGAGAUUAAGGCCGAUAGUAUCCAGGGCGACGUUGCACACAUCCAUAAGGAAACGGAAAAGGUAGCAUUUGUAUCAUCGCAAACUCAACUCGUGGCUAACGCUGUCGACAACCAGCUGAGUAUUGUACGCCAGAAUUUGACAAUAAUAGAGUCCGAUGUCAGCGAAUUGACUCAAUUCCAACAGAAUAUCCCGGAUAAGACCUAUUUGACUGAGGCGCUGUUCGGUCUUAAGUGCAGCUACGAACGGAAAGAUAAGAAGGGUGAUGACAAAAUCUACGCUUCUUGUGAUGACCCUAACAUCAAAAAGACCGGUAGCUACUGGGUGAAGGCAAACUUUUUCAAACCAGUAAAAGUGAUCUGCAUGCUGGAUUAUGGUGGUCGUUGGAUGGUCAUCCAAAACCGUUUCGACGGUGGCGUCGACUUCUACCGUCCAUGGAGGGAGUACAAGUACGGUUUUGGAAACAAUGAAGGCGGCGAGUACUGGCUGGGUCUAGAGCGUAUAUACCAGUUGACUAACGCUGGAUCUUACGAGCUCUUGAUUCUGAUGGAAGAUUUCAACAAGACCAAUGUGUAUGCCAAGUACGAUCAGUUUGCUAUCGCCGAUGAGAACGAUCAGUACAAAAUAGUACAACUAAAGGGAUACGUGGGUUCUGCUGGAAACUCGUUUGAUGCUGAAGGAAUGCGUUUUUCCACCUACGACUACGAUAACGACAAGUUCGAUCAGAAUUGCGCCGCCAUCAUGCAUGGUGCUUGGUGGUAUAAAUCAUGCGGGGACAGGUAA